UUAAAAUUUUUUUUUUAAAUUUAUUUUCCUCUCAUACAGCACAUCCUGAUGGCAGCUUUCCCUCCCUAUUCCUCCUCAUCCCCCUAGAACUUGCAGGAGUCUUGGGGAGGCAUUUUCUUAGUUAAGAUACUCUCCUCCCAGUUGUCUGGGUGUGUGUCAACUUGACAGAAACAAUCGGUUUAAACAGACAGAAGGGAGUCACGUGGGUGCCCUGUUUGUGGAUGACAUCUGAGGGGGGAAGAGUUAUCUGUGGAGGAACCUUUAACCCGUGUGCUCUACACUAACCCGGAAAGUUAACAGUGAAGCAGGGGCAUCUCUAGCAGGACAUGAUUUUGCCAGCUGAAGAUAGUUUAUGUUUGGAAUUCUGGGAACUCUUAAGAGGGUGUAUAAACCGAGGCCCCCUUUUGCCUCAAUCUUCUUUCUCUCCUACCUAGCGUUGGGGGUUUGGACGGGCUUGGGGUGGAGAAGAUUGGGAUAGGUAAAAGAGUCUACCGUAAAAUGGUGACUUCAACCCACCCUACUCUCAUUAGCCCACUCAGGGCUAGAGUUGCAUUUGAUACAUCCCCAUUUCCCAAGAGCCCCUCCCCCAUCUGCCAGUGAGUUCCUGUGGGUUUUAACAGCUUUACUGCAGUAUAAUUGGCACAUAACAAACAACACAGACUUAAAAUGGAUAUCUUGUUUCAAUGUGUCAUGUAUCCACAAAACUUUUAUAAUCCGAAGAAAUAAACAUCUGUCACCCCACAAAAAACGUUUUCUUAAGGCCCUUGGCUAUCCCUCCCUCUCACCCUUUUCAUCCAGUACUCAUCUCACUACCCAACACUACAGUAGUGUGAAUUCCCCAGAAUCCCCUGCUUCCUCCUGGGUGUUUGAAUGAGAACGGCCCCCAUAGGCUUAUAUGUUUAAAUAGUUGGUCUCCAGUUGGUAGAACUGUUUGGGAAGGAUUAGGAGGUGUGGCUCUAUUGGAGGAGGAGUGUCAAAAGCCCAUUCCAUUCUCAGCCACUGCUCCAGUGCCAUGCCUCCCUCCCUGCUGCUGUGCUCUCCAAUGGGACAGUCAUGGACUCACCCUUUGGAACCACAGCCCCCAUAACUGCUUCUUGUCUAAGUUGGCUUGGCCAUGGCAUCUAAACAUGAAAUAGAAAAGCAACUAAGGCAUCUGUCCCUUCUUUCCUCCUCCCCAUUCUUCCUGCUGAGGAUCAAACCCAGAGCCACAUCUGUAUUAGUUUUUGUUGUUGUUUUUGAGACAGAAUCCUGAAGUGCCCAUGGGAAGAGGCACUAUUAGGAGAUGUGGCCUUGUCAGAGAAAGGGUGUAGGUGGGCUUUGAGACCUAGUGCUCAAACUCUGCUCAGUGUGGGGCAGUCUCCUCCUGGCUGUCUUUAGAUCAAGAUGUAGAACUCUUGGCUCCUCUAGCACCAAGUCAACCUGUAUGCUGCCAUGCUUCUCACCAUGAUUAUAGUGGACUGAACCUCUGAUUCUGUAAGCCAGUACCAAUUAAAUGUUUGCCUUUAUAAGAAUUGCCUUGGGGGACUGGAGAGAUGGCUCAGUAGUUAAGAACACUGACUGCUCUUCCCGAGGUCCUGAGUUCAAUUCCCAGAAACCACAUAGUGACUUAUAACUAUCUGUAAUGGGCUCUGAUACACUCUUCUGGUACUUCUGAAAACUGUACUCAUAUACAUGAAAUAAAUAAAUAACUCUUUAAAAACAAAGAGUUGCCUUGGUCACGGUGUCUCUUCACAGCAAUAAAACCCUAACUAAGACAGAGGGCUUUGUGUAAGCUAGGCAAGAGUUCUACCCCACUGAGCUACACUCCCAGCUCCAUUUAUUUACAGAUUUGUUUCCAUUUUAUGUUUAUGAUUGUUUGCUUAUGUGUGUGUUUACCAUUUCACACAAUGCUCACAGAGGCCAGAAGAGGGCGCCAGAAUCCCUGGAACUGGAGUUACACAUGGUUUCAAGUACUCAAGUGGGUGCUGGGAACUGAAUCACAGUCUUGCUGCUCUUGAAAGAGAACCAUGAAUUCAAGAUGAGUUUAAGCUACACAAAAGGCUGUAUCUUAAAAAUUAAGGAAACUUGCCAUUUUCCUUUUUUGUGCUCUGCUUGUUACAAUGGUUGAAGCAAUAUAGACACAAUGUUAUUCCUUAAAGUCCACAGUUCACCAUCAGGUUCAUCCUUAAUGUUGUUGAUCUAAGGGUUUACAGAUACAGUGCCAUGCCCUGUAUCCACCAUGACUGUAGCUUCCUGGCCUUGAAAACUCACUGCGAUCCAUCCAGUCAGCCCUUUCUUCCCACCUUCUGGUAACCACUUUUCUCUUCAUUUUGUCUUUCCCCCCAUAUUUCCCAGAAAAUUUAAGGUCUAGAAUCAUUCAAGACACCAUUUUCUCAAGAGGGUGUGUAAGACAGCUCAGUGGGCAAAGGUGCUUGAUGCCAAACUCAACAACCUGAGUUUGAUACCCGAACACACAUGGUAGAAAGAAGAACAGAAACACGGACACUGCGGCUUAUACAUGUAAAUAAAAUCACUUUUGACUUACCAAGAUACAUUUAAGAUCCAAUACCAUCGUCUAUAGCUUUCAGCUCACUCCUUUUUUUUAAAAAAGGAUUUAUUUUAUUUAUGAGUGCCCUAUCUGCAUGUCAGAUCCCAUUGUAGAUUGUUGUGAGCCACCAUGUGGCUGCUGGGAAUUGAACUCAGGACCUCUGGAAGAACAAUCAGUGCUCUUAACUGCUGAGCCCUCUCUCCAGUCCCAGCUCACUCCUUUCUCUACCUUUCUUCCCUGGAGAUUGAGCUUAGGGCUUUUUGCGUGCAAAGAAAAGUGGCCUAGCAUUGAGCUACAGCUCUUCCUGGUCUUCUAGGGUCUCACUGUAGAGCCCUGGCUGACCUGCGACGUGACUUGUAGACAAGAUUGGCCUUGAAUUUGGCUCUGCUCCAAGUACUGAUCAGGAAUGUGUCACCAUGCUCCUCUGCAGCUCAAGUUUUUAAGGCAGGGUCCAGCUAAGUGAGUGACUCAAGUUGCCAGGAACUCCCUCUAUAGCCCGUGCAGGCCUUGAACGUGUGAUCCUCCAGUUUCAGCUUUCCAGCUGCUGGGAGUACAGGUGGUGACACGCUUGGAGCUCCUUUUUUCUAUCACUGAGUUUAAAGAAGCUGAGAAGUCCGCUGAUCCCUCUGCCACACUGGAGAAAGCUGGGGGUGAGGGGGCAAAAGGCCAUCACCUCUGCUCCUAUUGUUGAUUCCCCAUGUGUGUGACAGUCAUGAACCAUGAAAUGGGAACUUCCUUAAUAUGGACAGCAAUUCGUCAGUCAAGUACCACCAAUACCUCGGCCCCUGUAAAGGUCAUCCAUAUUAGCCUGGCAUUGAGAAGGGCUUCACCACUGCAGUCUAUGCCAUUUCUCCCACCCAGAAGACUAUGGGCAGCCUUUCUGAGAACCUGUCAUCUGAUGGCCAUGGGGAUAUCCAGAGCAUCAUCACGCAGAGGCUGACACUGCCAAGACUCAGUCAAGGCCAGCCCUGAACUGAAUGAAUGGGAAGCUCACUGGGUGUCCCUCCUGUGUCCAACCAUAGUAUCAGGAUCCUACCUGCUAAGUUGCUGAGUACAAUGACAUCAGGAAAGUGGUAAGGAGCCAGGUGUGGUGGCACACACCUUUGAUCCCAACACUCAGGAGGUAGACGCAGCCUGGUCUACAUACUGAGUUCCAGGACAGUUGGGGCUAUGUAGAGUAAAAGAGCUUGUUUUUUGUUUUGUUUUGUUUUGUUUAAAGAGUGAAUCAAUCUGAAGGGCAUUCCCCGAGGACCAGUUUGUUCCUGCAGAUUAAAAGUAGACUCCUUAUUCUACCUUUUUUUUUUUUUUUUAAGAUUUAUUUAUUAUGUACACAGAGUUCCACCUCCAUGUAUACAUGCAGGCCAGAAGAGGGCACCAGAUCUCAUUAUCGGUGGUUGUGAGCCACCAUGUGGUUGCUGGGAAUUGAACUCAUGACCUCUGGGAGAGCAGACAGUGCUCUUAACCUCUGAGCCAUCUCUCCAGCCCUUAUUCUACCUUUUAUGCUGAGGCUGGCACCACCUUCAAUGGCCAUCUUGUCAAGUUAAUUGCCUGGUGUGACAAUGAAUGUGGGUAUAGCACUUAGGUGGUGGCACUUAGGGUCCACAUGGCUUCCAAAGAGUAAGAGCCUCUGGGCCACCAGGUCAAGCAGGAUUAGAAGAGAAAGAGAGCUGUAUCUGCUGGGGUGUCCCUGCCCCUACUCAGCACCCAACUCCCAAACACACAGAACAUCCCCUCCUUAGAGUACUACACCACGGAUCCUCAAUAACGUUUGUUCCCCUCCCUCCAAAAGGGACACCUGCCACCCUUUUUUUUUUUUAAAUAACUAGUUUUUUUUUUUUUUUAAGAUUUAUUCAUUUAUUAUAUAUAAGUACACUGUAGCUGUCUUCAGACACACCAGAAGAGGGCAUCAGAUCUCUUUACAGAUGGCUGUGAGCCACCAUGUGGUUGCUGGGAAUUGAACUCAGGACCUGUGGAAGAGUAGUCGGGUGCUCUUAACCGCUGAGCCAUCUCUCCAGCCCCAGCUGCCACCUUUUUGACUUGAGCCAUUUUUUCUGUCCCUGGAUUGUGUAUGUAUUUAUUUGUUUUGGUUUUUUAAGACAGGGUUUCUCCGAGUAGCCCCUGAGUAGCUGUCCUGGAACUCUCUCUCUCGCUCUCUGUAGACCAGGCUGGCUUCAAAUCCACAGAGACCAGUCUGCCUCUGCCUCAGAGUACUGGGAUUAACUAAAGGCCUGUGCCACCACUGCCCUGCUCCAACCUUCUUUGAUCUGUUGCCCAUUUCUCUUGUCCCCUCCAACCCACCCUCAUUUAACCUUCUUUGCUUGUACAACUCCGAGCCACCCCCAAUAGAAUGAAAUCUAAACUCGCGGGGCUUAGUGGUAAAUUCUGUAAUCACAGCUGUUGAGAGGUAGAGGCGGGAGUACUGGGAGCUGAAGGCCAGUCUCGGCUACACAGAGAGUUCAAAGCCAGCCUAGGCUACGUGAAACCUCAUUUCAGGGAGUGAAAAGAGCUGGAGAGAUGGCUUGGCGGUUGAGAGGAGCGCUUGCUGCUCUUCUAGCGGUGCAGGGUUCAAUCCGCAGCAGCAGCAGCAGCAGCUGUGUCAGGCAGCUCUUGAUUGCCUCUAACUCUAGCUCGUGGGGGUCUGAAACCCUCUUCUGCCCUCUUGUGGUUACUUGCAUGCAUGUGCACACAUAAAUAAAUAAAAUCUGAACCCCUGAAUCCGCCCAACCCUACACUCUCCCCCCACUGCUCCCCCCCCCCCGAUUAAGCAACACCUGCUACACCUCAGUUCCCUACCUGCCAAGGCUUUUUUCAGGCACCACCCUACCCCUAGGCACGUGCAUCUCCCCACCCCUGCCAUAGUCCCUGAUCAGAGCUUUUACUGACACCUGCAUUAAUUAGAUCAGGCUUCAGACAGGAAAAGUGUGUGGACCAACUCUUCCUCUCCAUUAACUGUGAAGGCAGAGGCGUCACCAUUUUAUGCCCAGCUGAGCACAAAGCCCAGGUGGGAAAGUCAGCUGCAGUCAGCUCUUAACUUUUGGAGUGUCGAGGUGCCUAGACUCUCAGGAAAGGCACCAUCGCUUCAUCUCUUGUCCAUCUUAUGUAGCCUGCAUCGGCCAUGCUGUGCCCUCCAUACCUGUGCUGAGCCUUGGUACCGCCCCAAUCCCUCUGCAUCCUUGGCGCUCCAAGCUCUUGUGCGCCCAGGGGAAUCUGGUGGGCCUGCCCUGAUGUUCAGGGCCUCUGCUGCCCUCUCCCGGGUCAGGUGAUCCCCACAAGGGCGCUGAUUCCAGGUGGGUAGACCAAGAACUUGAGAAAAAAGGUCAGAAUGCUACACAAAAUUGUCCCUCUUUUUCUUUUGCAUGGUUGGGGAAAUCAAGGCACGGAUUUACCUAAGGCCAUGCAGGGAAUGCGCAAAGACCGCUAGGGCGGAGUGCUAGCUCUGUAGGCCUGCGCCCUAAGGUGAGGGGGUGGGGAGCUGGCUCAGUCCUACAACCGGGAUGCCGCAGGGACCGGCCGGGGUGGGGCUACCGUUUGUCUAGCGUCCGGCAGAAGUCCGUUCUCAUCCAGCCAGGGGCGGCUUCAGCAAGCAGUUGGGGCAGCUAGAGGAUGGCAGAGGAGUUAAUCACACCUGUGUACUGCACCGGGGUGUCAGCCCAAGUGCAGAAGCAACGGGACAAGGAGUUGGGCUUGGGCCGCCAUGAAAAUGCCAUCAAGUACCUGGGCCAGGAUUAUGAAAAUCUUCGUGCAAGAUGCCUGCAGAACGGGGUCCUCUUCCAAGACGAUGCCUUCCCUCCAGUUUCUCAUAGCUUGGGCUUCAAGGAACUGGGUCCCAAUUCCUCUAAAACCUAUGGCAUCAAGUGGAAGCGUCCUACGGAACUGCUGUCAAACCCCCAGUUCAUCGUGGAUGGAGCCACCCGAACGGACAUCUGCCAGGGAGCACUGGGGGACUGUUGGCUCCUGGCUGCCAUUGCCUCGCUCACUCUCAACGAGACUAUCCUCCACCGAGUGGUUCCCUACGGCCAGAGCUUCCAGGAGGGCUAUGCUGGCAUCUUUCAUUUCCAGCUGUGGCAGUUUGGGGAGUGGGUAGAUGUGGUCGUGGAUGAUUUGCUACCCACCAAGGAUGGAAAGCUGGUGUUCGUGCACUCUGCCCAGGGCAACGAGUUCUGGAGCGCUCUCCUGGAGAAAGCCUAUGCAAAAGUGAAUGGCAGCUAUGAGGCCCUUUCGGGAGGCUGCACCUCAGAGGCCUUCGAGGACUUUACCGGUGGGGUCACUGAGUGGUACGAUCUGCAGAAGGCACCCAGCGACCUCUACCAGAUCAUUCUGAAGGCCCUGGAACGAGGCUCCUUGCUGGGCUGCUCCAUUAAUAUCUCCGAUAUCCGUGAUUUGGAGGCUAUUACUUUUAAGAACCUGGUGAGGGGCCAUGCAUACUCUGUGACGGAUGCCAAGCAGGUCACUUACCAGGGCCAGCGGGUGAACCUAAUCCGGAUGCGGAACCCCUGGGGUGAAGUGGAGUGGAAAGGACCCUGGAGUGACAACUCCUAUGAGUGGAACAAAGUGGACCCCUAUGAACGUGAGCAGCUGAGGGUCAAGAUGGAGGACGGGGAGUUCUGGAUGUCCUUCCGGGACUUCAUACGUGAGUUCACCAAACUGGAAAUCUGCAACCUUACACCUGACGCCCUUAAGAGCAGAACCCUCCGGAACUGGAAUACCACAUUUUACGAGGGCACCUGGCGCCGGGGAAGCACUGCUGGAGGCUGCAGGAACUACCCAGCUACCUUCUGGGUAAACCCCCAGUUCAAGAUCCGGCUGGAGGAGGUGGAUGACGCAGACGACUAUGACAGUCGAGAGUCCGGCUGCAGCUUCUUGUUGGCCCUCAUGCAGAAGCAUCGCCGCAGGGAGCGUCGCUUUGGCCGGGACAUGGAGACCAUUGGUUUUGCAGUGUACCAGGUCCCUCGGGAGUUGGCGGGUCAGCCUGUGCACUUGAAGCGUGACUUCUUCCUGGCCAAUGCUUCUCGGGCACAAUCAGAGCACUUUAUCAACCUUCGAGAGGUCAGUAACCGCAUCCGCCUGCCGCCGGGGGAGUAUAUAGUGGUGCCCUCCACCUUCGAGCCCAACAAAGAGGGUGACUUUCUGCUGCGCUUCUUUUCAGAGAAGAAGGCUGGGACCCAGGAACUAGAUGACCAGAUCCAGGCCAACCUCCCCGAUGAGAAAGUGCUCUCUGAAGAGGAGAUCGAUGACAACUUCAAAACCCUGUUCAGCAAGUUAGCAGGGGAUGACAUGGAGAUCAGUGUCAAGGAGUUACAGACCAUCUUGAACAGAAUCAUUAGCAAACACAAAGACCUGCGCACUAACGGCUUCAGCCUGGAGUCGUGCCGCAGCAUGGUGAACCUCAUGGAUCGAGACGGUAAUGGGAAACUGGGCCUGGUGGAGUUCAACAUCCUGUGGAACCGCAUCCGAAAUUACCUGACCAUCUUCCGAAAGUUUGACCUGGACAAGUCUGGCAGCAUGAGUGCUUAUGAGAUGAGGAUGGCCAUCGAGGCUGCAGGCUUCAAGCUUAACAAGAAGCUGCAUGAGCUCAUCAUCACCCACUACUCAGAGCCCGACCUGGCCGUGGACUUUGACAACUUUGUGUGCUGCCUUGUGCGCCUGGAGACCAUGUUCCGGUUUUUCAAAAUUCUGGACACAGACCUGGAUGGUGUUGUGACCUUUGAUCUAUUUAAGUGGUUACAGCUGACUAUGUUUGCAUGAAGCGGGAUGGCUCCGCUGCCUGUGUUCUUCCUUCUUCCUCUGCCAAGCCACACCUCCCCGCCAUGCCGUACCAGACCAUGUCAGCUGCCAGUGCCUUCCCUCAAAAAAGGAGGGCACCUUGUCCUCCUGUCCCCUUGUCCUCCUGUCCUUUCACCUCCCCACUACCUCUGUUCAAUUGCUCUAGGCAGAGUCACAGGGCCCUUCCUGCCCCUGUAGCUAAGGCAACCCUGACCCCUGCUCAUGGCUAAGAGCAGGAAGGCAGCUCCCUGCUUACUCCUUCCUGCCUCCGGGGCAGGAGUAGGCAUCCCUGCCCCUCCCACUCCCUGCUACUGUCCAGAUGUGUGUCUCACCUAAUCUGUGGAGGCUCUAGCCCCUGUCAUCCCCUAGACCUGCAGACUUCGUAACCACUAGCUAGUUCCUUGUCUGCACCUGGGUGUUGAAGGCCUCACCUCACUAUGGGAGCCCCACAGCCAGUUCACCUUCCUGUGCCUUCAUGUGCAGCAGCCAAGAUCCCUCUGCAAACCAAAGUACACCUCUCCUGCCCGUGUGCCCACCAGGAACUUCCUGGCCGGGAGGGCACUCAGGCCCUCCGUAUCCCCACCCCCCUUCCUCUAUUUUUUAAUAUUUUUCAAGGAAAUGCUUGAGGGACUAGUGUACUGGUUAUGGAGGACCAGGACCUGGGGGGUGGGUUGGGGAGGUCCCAUGUUUCAGUGCAGUGGGAAAAUAAAAUGAAAGGCCAGA